AGGGCGAUUACUUGAGCUCAAAAUAGUAAUGAUUUAGUCGGUCUUCACUACAGCAGCAGGAAACAAACCUUCAGAAAAAUCGGCAUCAGCACUUGCUUGCAUUUGCUCGUGGGUUUCAUUCAGGAUGCAGAAAGCGUCUCGUGCUUUUUUCUUCUGGAGAGUGACCUAUUAUUGAACCAUCACCUCAACCCCCCCCGUACAGUGGAACAACAAAAACAAGCUGACACCAUCGCGUUGUAAAGCACAGCGAGCUCCAGUCCUCGGAGUGCCUCAGGAGUUAUUUCAGGGUUGGAAAGGGGAGCAGCAUCACCGUGGCAACGAUGUCUCACUUGUGCCUGCUCCUGCUGCUGGCAGGCCAGGUAGCAGCGGCUCCCGACGGACUGAGGGUCAGGCAGCAGCCCCCCUCCCUGCGCGUGACGCGCGGCGACACGGCCACCCUGUCCUGUCAUUUCAAAGUCGAGGCCCUCAGGUUCGGGGUCCAGUGGUUCCGGCUGCAGGGGGGCAGGAGGCUGGUCCCGGGGCCCCCCAGGACCUCCGUGGCGGAGAAGGAGAACGCGUCCUCCCUGGUGAUCGCCGAGGUGGCGCUGGAGGAUUCUGGGUGGUACUACUGCGAGGUGAACGUCCUGCAGAGGGACCCGGAGUGCGGCAACGGGACCGAGCUGCUCGUCUGGGCACCGCCUUCCGCUCCAAAGAUUUACCUCCAGAUCCCCCCGGAGCCGCCGAGCGGUGAGUGGGCUCUCGUCUGUCUCACGGGGGGGUUCCACCCGAGCCAGCUCACCCUCACCUGGACCUCCCGGGGCGCGGCAGGCAACACCGAAAGCCCGUCAGUCAGCAACUGCACCCUCCCCGCGUUGAGCCUCGGUGGCAACGCGUCCGCGCAGCUGGACGGCGGCGCCCCGCUGUCCCCUGAUUGGUCGGUGAACUCGAGGUGUUUCCAGGUGACGGACAACCACACCCGGGAAGCGUUUCUCCUCAGCGUGAUCGUGCUCCCCCGGAGGGGGUCUUUGGAAGCGGGGAUCACCUUCACCUGUGCGGUGCAGGACCACCCGGCCAUGACCGCGCUGAUGGCUGCCUCCUUCACUUGGGAUGCUUCCCCCAACGAGCUGAUUGUGCACUUGAACAUUCUGAAGAUGUGUCUCCUCUCUGCGAUGACCGUCUUCUUUCUAUUUGAAGGUAGAUCCGUCAAACAUUUCAGCGUGUAGUGGAAAUUAUGUCUACCUGGAAAUACAAAAUGUGGGAGAAAAAAAAAGACACAACAAAGGGCCGCUGGGUGCUCAGUGAGAGUCGACCUCCUACGAAUAAAAGUCCAGAGUCACGGUUCACCAAAUGAGAUUCAACUGACUGAACCGUUAAUUCUGCACUAUGAGCAACUCUGUAUAAUCCCCCCCCCCACUCUCUCAUAUUUGAUAUUCCAAAGCCUCGGACCUUUUUAAACCUCUUUCUAUAUGUUGGCUUUUCAGGCCCCGUACGUCCUCUGAACGCAUGAUGAAUCUUGUGUUUUUUUUUGCUUUGCUUCCCUAUCGCCACGGUAACCCAGACUACCAUGGGCUUUUGGAUCAGCAAGGCUCAGUUAUUUAUUGUGCUCCGUGUGUCAGAGCGAAUCAUGAUCGCAGCGAUCGGCGCGACCUCACAGGCCAAAUCUCGCUUCCUGAUAUUAUUUUAUAUAAUAUAUAUGGUUAGAAAGGGGGGGAUUUGGCCUGCUCGCAUUACCAAUAGCACCAAAUACUGCCAGUAAUAAUGACCUUUACAUCUUCUGCAAGAUAUGCGUCUGCAGAACAACCA